CUAUUGUUAUGUAAUCAGCGCCACAGUUGUAGCUUGUCUGCUAUCGGAACAAACAAAGAAGCUCGAGAUCGUGCGUUUGGGUGUUUGAUGGAAUUGACGACGCGCGAAGGAUAUGAAGAUUUGAGAUAUGAGGAUAUGAAGAAUAUGCAGGGCCAGGAUAUUCUACGAUGAUGGACAACGACGGAAUCAGCUAUGAGGGAGGAAGGAGUGUGGACGGGGAGACAUCAUCAAUCAAAGAAGCCCACAGCGAACAGCAUCUGAGUACAUCAUCAUCAUCUACGACCACAGCGAAAACAAGAGUGAAGCGGGUGCGGAAGGAGAUUGAUUUAGAUCCAGACACGUUUUUUAAUCGCAGCAAUGACACAAAGCAGCGGAUGUUACUUCUGAAGCAGAAGCGGGAGGAAGAGAAGCGGGAGAAACGGCGCAAGAAGCUUCAUCUGCAGGAGAAGAAGAGGAAGAAGGAGGAGAAGAUGGGGAAAAAGAGUAGUUUGACAGGCGAUGAUAUAGGCGGGAUCAAGCAGAGGAGAUCGUCGACGCCGAGGUCAGAGUAUCAUAGUGCGGCCGGCGAGGUUUCAGACUCGUCGGACGUGCUUGUGCUCGAGGAGAUUUCUACUCCGCAGCCGGUGUCGCCUGCGAAGAAGGCAGCAGCGAAACUACGGAGGAAGAAGGAAGGACCGAAGCUGUCGCCGCCGCCGGGACUCACGCGGGGUCAGAUCGAGACGAUGAGGCAUGCGAUGGGCUACGAGGUCGACGACUAUGUAUCUCUCCCGGCUCACCAUACAAGAUCAACAACAACAACUACAGAAACUACCACAGUACCGCGAGUGCUAAGUCCGAAUCCGGUCGUCUUCUCAUCCGACGAGGAGGAUGGCGGCAACACCACGACCAACAACCCCGACGGAACGGUCAAGGACCUGCUCCCAGAGAUUGCCGCGCGAGCACGCGAACGAGCGCGUCAGAUCGCGGCCGCGAAAGCGUCAGAAGCAGGAACGCAGCGCAACAAACACAGCGGGUUCAACGUGCUAAUCAGCGUCGCGACGACCGACAACACGCGGCGGGCGUUUGAGGCCUACACCAGCACCGGAGACGUCGUAGGCGCGAUGUCGCUGAACUUUACGCUGAAAUCGGGGGUGCCGCUGCGACGGGCACGGAUAGCGUGGGCGAGGAGAUGCGGGGUGGAUGAGAAUCGGGUGCGGAUGCUGAAUAGGGCGACGUUCAUGGUUGUGUAUGACUCAUCUACGGCGGAGGAUUUGGGGGUGACGGAGGAUGAUCCACAGCUGGGACUUGCGAUUGCGCUUGAGGAGGAGAUUAAGAAUCUGCAGGUGCAGCACCAGAUGCAACUCGAGCAGGAGCUAUUGGCCGAUGACGAGGAUGAUGAUGCUGUCCCUGUCCUCUCAGCAAAACAACGCCAGACAAGCGUCGCAGCCAGCGAGACAGACGCCAGGCCAGAGACGGAGGCGGAGACGGAAGACGAGGGUAAGUUCAAGAUCUUUCUACAAGACGGCAAAGGUGAGCGCAUUGUCGUCCGAGUCCGGGGCGAGUCGUCGGUGGCCGACAUUGUGAAAUACUACAGAUCCCGCCGCCCCGAGCUCGCGGCAGGCAAGACCGUCGUGCUCUCGCUCGACGACGACGACCUCGACCCCGCCGAGCUCGUGAAAGACACCGAGCUCGAGGACGAGGUCACAAUCGACGUCAAGCUGCGGUAAUGUUUCUCUUUCUGGUAGUUCUCGAGAGAUCAGGCGAGGGCGAGUGUGGGGCUCAGCGAAUCACGUGAUGUGAAAAUAAGCGAGCUGAGGUUAUGCACAGCCUCAGCUGACAGUGACGUCAGCGAGAUGAUCUGCCUAUAAAGACCUG